AUGACGGACAAAAAAGCGUCUGUGCAUUCGCAUUCGCACUGGCGGAACGUGAAGCGCAAGGCGUGGCAACGCGAGCUCGUGGCCAAAGUGGUCGAGCUCGUGGCCUGCAACGACCACGACUCGCUCGCGCUCAUCGCGCGUACGAGCGGGAUUCCGCCGCAGCUGCGCAGGGACGUGUGGCCUGUGCUCUUGAAAUACCACCCGAUGGUGAUAUCGCCCAAUAUCUUGUCCAACACACUGGCGUGGGACUCCCAGAAGAACAAAUGGCACUACAGCCAAGAGGCACGCAGCGGCGAAGAGAUCGAAACCAGUAUCACACAGGAUCUGCGCAAGUAUUUUCGGCGCAGGAGCGCCGCAGGCACCAACGGGCCCAGCGGCCUCGAGUCCUCGCGCGAGUCUGCAGAAGAGAAUCAUAUCGUCACCCUUCUGAAAGGCUGCAUUCUCGAGUUUCUGGCCAAGUGGUCGCGUCUUUUCCGGUACGAAAGCGGACUCGCCUGGAUCGCAUUGGCGCUGGCUGAGUGGAUCCCCAUAGACGACUCCAACCGCGUUCUGCAGGGCAAACGCCACGAGUCUCCCGUUGACCUGCUGUCGGAAUAUCCGCUCCCGGACGAACUCAUCCAACGACUUCCCUCCAAACCGGAAUUCAACUUCUCGCAGAUUUACGAAAGAAUCGUGCUCGUCAUUCUCCACUGCCCGGACAUCGCAAUGGCCCAAAAGCUGGCUCAGACCGAGUCCCCGAACUUUUCUGCUUCUCAGUACUACCCUGUUCUUUCUGGCGGUGAUCUGUCGUUCCAGAGCCAAAUUUUCUUCAAAGUAUUUUCCGUCAUUCUACCCGAGCUUUACCAACCCAUUGCCGAGGAAGAGACUCUCAGACCUUCAAAAAAGGCCAACUGGAUCUACUGGUGGUUCAAAUGUUCCGGUACUCGCGUCUUUCACAAGCAGGACAGAGCGAGGCUGUGGGACUCUUUGUUAGGAUGGCGUCCGAAUCCCGCUUGCAUAAAUUUUUACCUGAACUACAAUAACAAAGUGUUUGAGCAUUUGUACUCCACUACAGCGUCCACUUCAAUUGACCAGAUCUUUUUCGACAAAAUUUGCAAAUACGGUCACGACACAUUUUGGUUCCCCGAUCUCGAUACGAUGAGAUUAGGCUCCUCAAGACUUAAAUGCGAUUUCCAAGUAUUCUCAGAGUUACUCAGAAGAAACAAGUACGACGACAGCGACCUAGAGAGUCUCCCUAGCGCAAAUCUUGGGUUUCAAGACGAUACUCAAAGUCAGGACGUGGACAUACCGUUUUCACUAGUAGAUCCACACAUACAACUUGUGUUUGUCUACAUUGCAAUAUUACAGCAACAUGAGUUUAAACUCCUAGAAUUCGAAGAGGCUGAAAUCUCUGAAUUUUUGAAUAACGUACCGCCCUUGUCUCGAUCGGAUGAUCACAAUUACAGACAUCUCUAUGCACCAGAAGAAGACCAGCGCUCCGUGAGCUCUAGUGAAGCGGAACAAGAAGAAAUUUCUAAAAAGCCGACUUCAUCGUCUUCCAAUUCCCAUAUGUUGAUAGAAGUCGGCGACGAUGAUAAAACUUCCUACUCUUUCGAUGACAUUUUCAAUUGCGCAGGCGACAUUUGGCGAAAAUGGAUAUGGAGAGAGUUACAAGAAUACUCAUGCGAUUGA